UGAAUUGUUUGUUUGCACUGAAUAGACUCUGAAACUACGGAACAGAUUUAUAAAUUCUUUCAGCUACGAGAAGCUACAUAAUACGCGGAUGACAUAGGCAAAGUCGCGUGAAAACAGUCAGUAGUUUAAAUAUAUUUAUAUUAAUAGCACAAUAAAUAUAUAUAAAUAUAUACCAGUAGCAUCAACGACUAAGUCACCUGAUAAAGAGACUACAUUUGAGAACACGUCGGGCGCCAAAGACGUUAAAACCACAUCAAAAAGACUGACCAUGUCAACAUAUCCCCCCUCCGUAGACGAAGAUAUCACCUCCAUAAACAAAGUCAAGAAGGCAGUAUGUCCGGAGGUAUCGAAAAAAUGUGUUACAAAACAAAAUGAUUCAUCAAAAACGAAGGUGAUACCGCGGCGGUUUUAUAUUGAAGGAAGAACGAAAAAGGACAUAACAGAAAACAAAUCAUUUAGGAGCAGAUAUUCGGACUCCGAUGAAAUAUCAUAUUUGGAAUCCUUAAAGGACGUUAUACCUAUUCCCAAUAGAUUGGCAGAACAAGUAAUUUCCGAAAUACAUAAUGAUAAAAAGCAUUAUUAUUUGUUGAGUCGCGACACCGUAAAUAAAAAUUGGCUUAAAUAAUAAACGCAUCUUUCAUUCAUUAUAAUAGUUUUAGAAUCAGAAAACAAUAAUUAUAAAAUACUUGUUUAGAUUGGCAAUAUAAGACGUGACAUGGAUCACGCAUAGUCACAUUCAUGUCUUAGACAAGGUCACUAGUUUUUAUGUGGUGGGUUCGUAUAAUAACAAAAAAACUAUAACUACAAAUUCGUGAAACUCAUUGCAGUGCAGAUUAUAAACAUAUUGCUUGCACGAUCCUGAUUUGUACAUUUUGUUUACAUUUCAUUUUCUUUUAAUUCUUUUCCAAAUAUAUGAAAUAUUAUAUUUUAGAAUCUUGGCGCUUUUUCAGCAAAAUAUCGUAAAAUUUCUUAUUCAUCAUAACCACUAACUAAGACGUGUCGUGAAAUUAACAGUGUUAUUAAAAAACAAGACAUAAGCCAACACCGACAGAAAAAAUACAGACAAUAAUGCAGAUGGAUACUUUAUACGUUUAUAAUGUUAUUUGAUAAUAUUUUUUAAUUAUAAUGCAGUUUUCUGGGUUAUUUAUACGUUAAUAAUGCUUUGUUAAUAAUUUUUAAUUAUAAUGCAGUUUUUCUCCGGAAGAAGUCUCAAUAUAUAUGCUUUUAAUAUUCUGUACUGCACUCCUCAGCAUAGAGUUUCAAUGAAGUCGAUUUUAAUUUAUUAAACCCC